CACAAUGCCGCGCCCCGCCCCGCGCGCCCCCGCCUUCGGCGGCGCAUGGAGCACUCUCACGCCUCCGCUGACGCCGUGGAUUUCCGAUGUGAUCGCUGCCCUAGGCUUCGACCGCAUGACCCCAGUGCAGGCCGGCACGAUCCCGCGCGCGAUCAAGAACCAAGACUGCGUCGUCGAGGCCGUCACGGGCUCGGGCAAGACGCUCGCCUUCGUCGUGCCUGUGCUCGAGCGCAUCGUGCGCUCAGAACACGCGUACAAGCGUGGCGAGGUCGCCGCCGUCGUGAUCGCGCCGACGCGCGAGCUCGCCUCGCAGAUACACGAGGUGUUCAACAUGUUCCUGUCGACGUUCACGCCCAAGGAGGCGACGCCGGUCGAAGGGGAGGAAGCACCGCCUCCGCCGCCACCAGAGUAUCCCCUCGCAUGUCUUGUCACGGGCGGUACGGCGCAGCCGUAUGAGACGUUCUUCGCGCAGGCGUCCAAUAUCCUCGUCGGCACACCGGGCCGCCUCGCUUCCUUCCUCCUGUCGCCGCGAGGCAUGUCCGCCGUGCGCGUCGGCAACCUCGAUGUCCUGGUGCUCGACGAGGCUGACCGCCUCCUCUCUGCCCCCGACCACCGGCGGGACGUCGAGCGCAUCAUGCGCCACCUCCCCAAGCAGCGGCGCACGCACCUGUUUUCAGCGACGAUGACAGAUGCCGUCGAGGACCUCGUCGGCGUCGGUUUGCGCAACCCCGUCCGCAUCGUGGUCAACCUGAAAGACAAGCGCACCGGGGAGACCGCGACGGAGCGACGCGUCCCCAUGGGUCUCGCAAACACCUUCCUAGUCUGCGGACUGGCCGACAAGACGCUGCAGCUCCUUCGUGUAUUUCAGCGCGAAGCAAAACUCUACGAAGCAGCGAAAUUCAUCGUCUACUUCUCCACUGGCGCCGCCGUCGACUACUUCUACCGCAUCCUCUCACGCCUCCCCGAGAUGGCCAGCUACUCUCUAACGUCACUGCACGGCGACCUGCCGCCGCGGGUACGCGACGCCGCGCUGUCCGGCUUCAACGCGCACGCGUCGAGCCACCUCACGCCCGCCGUGCUGCUGUGCACGGAUGUGGCGGCGCGCGGCGUUGACUUCCCCGACAUCGACGCCGUGAUCCAGUACGACGCGCCGACGGACCCGAAGACGUUCUCGCACCGCGUCGGCCGCACCGCGCGCGCGGGCCGCGCCGGGCGCGCAAUCACCCUCCUCACCCGCGGGAGGGAGGAGCAGUACGUCGACUUCCUGCGCGUACGCAAGAUCCCGCUUGCGCCGCACCCCUACCUCGGCAGCGAUUUGGAGGAGGCGGCGGCGCCAGUGCCCGCCGAUCCCGACUCGCUUGCGCUGCUCACGCGCUUGCGCGACGUCGUGAUGACGGACCGCGACCUCGCGGACCGCGGGGCGAAGGCGCUCGUGUCCGCCGUGCGCGCGUAUACGAAGCAUGAGGCGAGCUUUAUUUUCCGCACCAAGGAUCUCGAUUACGCCGCGCUCGGAACCGCGUUCGGCCUCCUCCGCCUCCCGGUCAUGCCGGAGGUGCGGGACUGGCGGCGGCGGUGCGAGAAGGCGGCUGCCGCGAAGGAGAAGGCGGCGGAGGGCGAGGGUAAGGACGAGGGCAAGGAGAAGGGGGAGGCGCAGGAGAUGAAAGGGGAGGACGAGAACGAUAAGGACGAGAAGGACGACGGGGAACCGGCAGAUGACGUGCCCCAGCUCGCGUGGACGGACGCCGAGGUCGAGUGGGACGCGCUCGCCUACGCCGACAAGAAGCGCGAGGCGCAGCGCCAAGCCGCGUUGGCGGAGAAGGCCGCGAAGCGGGCGUCGGGCGAGCUCGAGGCUGAGCGCGAGCGCGAGCGCAAGAAGCGCAAGGUGCGCGCCGAGCUCAAUUCGGCGUGGAGCGUGCAGAAGGACCGGCGGGUGCGCAAGGAGGAGCGGCGGGAGAAGAAGGACAAAAAGGCCGAGGCGGCGUGGGCGCGCCGCAUCGCCGAGGGGCUCGUGGAGGAGGACGCGCCGGCGCCCGAGAAGCGCGCUACGAAGCGCAAGGUCAAGGAGGAUAGUGAGGAGGAGGACUUUGCGGACGAGUACCGCGCGCUCAAGAAGGAGGUCAGGAGCACGCGGGGGCGGGCGGAGAAGAAGGAAGCCGCGGGCAUGUUUGACGAUUUGGACUAGCGCUCGCACAACUAGAUACCCU